CUGCCUCCCGAAAGUUUCCCCCCAAAGCCGCUGAAGCUUCCCCCUUGAGAACCGAUGAAAGGCUUGAAAUUUCCCUUUCCUUCUUGCUCAAAAACCAAGUUUCAGGCCUAGAACACUCUCCUAAACCCAGAAAUUUUCCAGAUCUGCGCUGUCUUCUUCCCCUCUGUCCGCCGGCCUCUGCUGUGUGGGGUUGGGUUCGGUUUUCUGCACCGUGAGUCUCCCCUGCAGAUUUGCCGCUGCCCUCUUUCCCCCGCCAGGUCCGGUUCUGCAGCUGGAAAAUUUUGGGUUCCUGAUCGUUCUGUCAAUUUAGCACUGAGAUCGAGCCUUUGGUUUUAAGCGAGUGAGGUAAGUAAAUUAUGAUAAAACCCGUAAAUUUUUUAAGCAUAUUUUAAUUGUUUUCUGAGAUGGUGGUGAGGUUUAAAUGGAUUUAUUUGCAUUUGAGCAUGAUUAAAAAGGGAAUUUGAACUUUUAUUAUUUUCCUUCUUUUCUAGAAUUGAGCAUGCCCACAUGAGAUCCUUUUGAUUUAUUCUUGAAAGUGAGAACGAUCGUGAAUUUCGGUUUUGUUUGUAAAGUUUGCUUGGUUUUGUCUCUAAUAUGGUCGUGAUAAUCGUGUGCCCGCUAGUGGGAGGUUUAUAAACGUUAGCACAUGUCGACAUGUUAGUGAUAGAACCGGUUUGCUUGUGGCCCUACUAGUGGGGAUUAUACACUAGUAAUUUCUGUAGCUUGCCAGUGGGAGGUUUAUAACACUGGCCAUGACUAAUAGAGGAGACCACUACGUGAUUUUAUUUUGCAUUAAUGAUUUGUUAUUGAAACGCUCCAUUCUUGAAAUGCUCUGUUCAUGUUUUAAACCGAUUAUUUGGCAUGCUUUAAACUUUGAUGUCGAGCCCCCAUGUUUACUUACUGAGAUAUUUCUAUCUCACGGUUUUCUUGUCCACCAUUUCAGGUAGUGAGACCCGACGCGGGGAAGCCCGGGGGAGUGACGAGCUAGACGGCUAGGCACUUUUGGACUUAGUUUUUGUAGCUAAGCCGUUAGUCACCCAUGCUUGACUUAGAAAUUUUUGUGUACAGAACUCCCUUAGUUAUGGUCACGACUGUGUAAAUAAAGUUAAAUAUCUUUGUACAUUUUGACAAGUAAAUAGUUGGAAAGGAA